UGUACUCAAGAUGCCGCACGCUACAGCUGAGCCCCAAGUACAGUUUUCUUAUGAAGAUUUUGUAAAGCUACACAGGGUACAGCUGGAAAGUGCGGCUGUUCCAGAGAGGUAUUGGCACAAACUUCAUGACAAAUUAAAAGAUGAGGUGUUUGAUGCUGGAAGUGUAUUUGGUCUUAUGAGAGUGGAACAUGUUGAUGAGGAUGGUGAAGAAACAGGAAAGUAUUCAUGGAAAGCAGCAGUGACUGAUGAUGAGGGUGUUGAUUAUUUGGAUGAGAAACACAUUUACCUGAUAGACCAUGCCUGGUCAUACAGUGCAGAUAAAGCUAGGGCACAGCUGCGUGUUGUACCUGGCUUGGCAGAAAGAAUGGCUGGUAUCAUGGACUUGAAAACUGAGGGGAAAACCAAGGAAGAAAUAGUGGAAGAAAUUUUUAAUGAAAUGUGGAAGUACAAUCAAACCUACAGUUUUGCAAAUGCACCCAAGGGCAGCGAGGAAUCCUUUGCAGUUUGGUACAUUAUGGACGAGUUUGGAUCCAGAAUACAGCACUCAUAUGAACCUAGCUGUAGAUUGGUGCCUUUUUUCUAUGUGCCCAUGCAGUUAACAUUCUCCAUAUUAUUUCCAGUCAAAAAUUUAGAGGAAGGAGAAGAGAUUACUAGAGACUAUGCAGAAAAUACAGAUGACCCACUGGUAAAGAAAGCCAAGCUGUUACCUUGGGUGCCAGCAGACAUGACAUAUAUUGGCCACCAGCAGGAAGAGCCAGGAGAGGAGUACUUUGAAAAAUACAGGAGAGAAGAACCAUUGCCAAAUCUAGACAAGACCUUUCCACCAUUACCUGGAGACAGAAGAAUCAAAGUGUUUACAGAUGAGCAAUAUCUCCAGCAAUAUUUAACUAGUGACAGAUUUGAACUAGUUAACAAUGCAAAGGAUGCAGACAUCUUGUGGCUAAUGGAACAUUUUUUUGAUCACAAAGAAUUUAGUGAAGAAAUGCCAGAGAAGUUUAUAAACCAGUUUCCUCAUGAGGCAGUAUUGACUGUCAAAGAUCUGAUGCCUAUUGUUGCUAGGAGAGUUUCUUCAGCAACUGAACAGCAAGAUGAAUUGGAGAGUCAGCCAUAUUGGUUAUCACAGACCUAUAACCUGAGUACUGAACUUCCCCAGUUUGCAUCACUUUUCCAGAAACGGGAGUCUAAGGGACUUGACAACCACUGGAUCUGUAAACCUUAUAAUCUUAGUAGAGGCCUUGAUAUUCACAUCACCAGCAACCUGAACUACAUUAUAAAAUUGUCAGAUUCUGGGCCAAAGGUAUCAUUGUUAUUACAUGGAUUGACAGGCAAUAGUUAUUUACUCAAAUUUACAAGAAAGAAACAAAAAAAUGAACAAAAUUUUAAAUCAGCGUUUUGA